AUGAAGGUACUUUUAGCGAUUUCGGCACUUUUGGGCUCAGCCCUCGCCGCGGCCAUCCCUUCCUUGGGAUCGGAGUAUAAUGGAUACAAGGUCUUCCGAAUUCCGACAGUGGACCAGAACCUCGCCCAAGUUGUUAGGAUCAUCAAGGAAUUGGAGCUUGACACCUGGGAAUUUCCAAAGACGGCGGGAUCUGCUGCAGAUGUCGUGGUUUCACCAAGCCAGCUCUCUGCCUUCGAAGAGGCCACUGCCGGAUUGACGGUCGAGGUGAUGCAUGAAGAUCUUGGAGCUUCAAUCGACGCUGAAUCAGCUGUAGUCAGCACAUAUGAAGCAGGAAACCUCACCGAUGCCUGGUUCAAUAGCUAUCACAGUUACAAUGACCAUCUCCAGUUCCUUAGGGAUCUGCAAGCUCAGUACCCCGACAACUCGGAGCUGAUCACCGCUGGGAACUCUUAUGAGAGGCGUCCGCUCCAGGGUAUCCACAUCUGGGGCAGCCGUGGAAAGGGGAAACCUGGCGUGGUUUGGCAUGGAACAAUCCACGCGCGUGAAUGGAUCACCACUAUGGUCGUCGAAUACAUGGCAUCGAGUCUGUUAUCAGAACGAUCCGACGCGACAGUGAAGAGUAUUCUUGAUAAAUAUGACUUCUUCAUUUUCCCGAUCACAAAUCCCGACGGUUUCGUUUACAGCCAAAGCAGGAGCCGAUUGUGGCGCAAGAAUCGCCAGCCCAGCAGAAACAACAAUAUUGGAACAGACUUGAACCGCAAUUAUCCAUACCAAUGGGAGGGAAGGGGAUCAUCGUCGAACCCCAGCGCCGAGACAUUCAGAGGCAUACCAGGCGACUCACCCGAGGUCCAGGCACAUACCCGCUUUAUGCAGAGUGUUGCACGGUCCCAAGGAGUCAAGAUGUAUGUGGAUUGGCACUCGUACUCCCAGCUUUUCCUGACCCCCUACGGAUAUCACUGCAGCAGGCUUCCACAAAACCACCAGAAGCACAUCAGCCUUGCGACAGCCUUUGCUCAGGCGCUGAGAGCGGUUCAUGGCACUUCUUUUAGAGUUGGGCCGACAUGCAAUACAAUCUACCAGGUCAAUGGAGACAGCGUCGACUGGGCGGUCGAGGUCGGCGGGUUCGAACUCGGAUUCGCUGCAGAGCUGCGAGACACAGGUAGACAUGGAUUUGUCCUUCCAGCGUCGCAGAUCAAGCCCAGCGGUGAGGAAACCUGGGCAGGCAUCAAGGCUCUGAUGGCGAGGAUGUGA